UCAUACACAUCUUCAUGUAAAUUAGAGAACACGUAUUAAUUGGAUGGAUCAAAUACUUAAUCAAAAGAGAAUUAAUGUUUGACUAAAUUAUAAUUUCUUUUGAUAAAAAUGUUUGACAAAACUAUUAACCUUUCAGCAAACCAAUAUCACUGAUAGAAUAACUUGAAACACAAGGUAUAAAUUGGAAUAAGACAAGGUAUUCAAUAUUUAUCACUUUGAUGUAUUGCUAAUCCACAAAGUCUCUUCUAAUUCAUUCGGUAGAUAGGAUUAGGAACGAAAAAAGCAAACCAAAAACCCAACUCCCAUAGCCACCACCACCACAAUUCCAAAUUAAAGUAACAGCGUACAACAUAUCAUAAAAUAUAUCCAACGUUAGUUCCUUCAAAUCAAUGUCUCAAAAUUAAAUGCCAGUAUAACAUUAAACCAACAAACCAACCAUCUCCAAAAUGGAUGUUUCCUAUUUCACCACAAUCUUUUUCAUCACUUUCACUUUCUUGCUCUUCCUACCUUCUUCCAAACCAAUUUCCAAUUACAACACAUUACUAGUAUACAAAACAUGUUCAACACAAACCUUUAACCAUCAAUCUUACUCUUCUCAAACACCACUCAAUUCAUUAUUCCAACAACUCAUAGCACAAUCAUCCCAAUACAAAUUCUUCAAAACCAACGAAGCAAUCAACAACGACACCUUCAUCUCUGGCUUUUUUCAAUGCAGACACGACAUCACCAUACAAGAUUGUUUCACAUGUGUAACAACUUUACUUUCAAACACCUUGUGCAGUGAUUCCACAUCAGCACGAGUACAACUCCAAGGUUGCUAUGUUCAAUAUAAAACAGAACAACAACAACAAUUUCAAGAAACAACUAUUCCUGAAUCGAAAAAUAACAUUAUUUUUCACAAGGAUUGUGGAGUACCCUUUGUAGAGUUAAAAGAGUUGAUGGAUGAGGCAUUUAUGAGAUUGGAAAAUGGGAUUAUAAAUAGUGAUGGGUUUUGCACGAUGAAUUAUAAAAGGGUGAAAUUGAUGGCACAGUGUGAAGGUGAUUUGAAUAGAUGUGAAUGUAGUGAAUGUGUUGGUGAUGCAGUUGAGGUUGCUAAGGAAGAAUGUGAUAGUUCAGUUUCGGCACAAAUAUAUUUUGAUAAGUGUUUUAUAAGCUAUGAAUACAUGCCGAAAUCAAAUGGUGAUGCUGGUUACUCUGUUCCAGGGGAAAGCAGAAACAGCAACACCCAAAAGUUGAUAGCAAUAAUUGUUGGAGGAGCUGCCGCUCUGUUACUUGGUCUUAUUUUUGUAUCGCUGCUUAACUCUAGGCUUAAAAAAGACGAUUAUGAGUAGAUGUGAAUUAUUAUGUGAUUAAUUAUUAGGGUCUUCUUUGUUUUGGUUGUACUGUAGUAAAUAUUACUAAUAUUUUUGUUUUAAGUCAUUAUUAAAAAAU